AUGGCUGGCAUGCUCGACUCCGACCGCGCUCGUUCACGCCGAGAUAGGACCUUUGUUGGCGGCGAGUGCGCCGCAUGUGAAGAGCUCCUGGAGCAUACCUUGAGAGGCGAAAGAGUCCUCCAGUUUUCUUGCGGUCAUGUCGCUCACGAAGCAUGCUUUUACGAAUAUAUCCGUGACUCGGAUUCUCAAUACUGCCCGACCUGCGAUGCCCCCCUCAGCUUGGAUUCUUUCCGUGGAGGAAGCAUUUUGGACCUCAGUAAAUUGAGUAACAUGGUGAGGGCUGUUGCACAGAAAGAUGUCAAUUCCCCGAGGAGCUCAGCAAACACCCCCAUGCCAUGGGAUCGACAAACUAUGCAGGACGAUGCUGGCAGUGCUCGUGGGGAGAUGGUCAACCGACAUAGCCGUGAAAACUCCAACCGAGAUAGUCGAGACAGCCAACGAAUGAGGAUAGAGCGCCUCGGAAUCGCCUCUCAACAGGGUUCUAUUCAUGGUCCACAGCACUCCCAUGCUCGUACAGACAGUGGGGGCAAUGCUUCGAGUGAAUUCGCCAACGAUCAUACCCAGUCCCGGAAACAUGACUAUGAUCUCCAUGCAAUGGAGACAAGUGUUCGUGGAGCGCCUAUCAAAGACAACAAACAAUCCAUCCCCUCUCCUAUUGUCACUGUGCGGAGCGAGUAUCCAACAUUGACGAGAUCUCGACAACAACAAACUCUUACGUGUCUGGUAACAAUUGAAGUUCCUGAAGGCAAAUGGCAAGCACAGUUUGAUGACGCCCAGAGCACACCCCCGGUCCCUGCGCUUCCGGAUUCAGCCAUCAGCAUGCCGACCAAAUCGACCCGAUCCGAACAACCACCGUUCACGCCUUAUGAAUCACCCGAAGUUCUGGAGGAAAUUACCGAAGAGCUACGCAUCCGUGUGGACAAUUGGCAUGGACUGGAGUUCCAGAGAUUUGGGAACCUUCGAUUACACGGUACUAUCAGAGUGGGCAAGGAUCGGCACUCAUGGCAGGAGCUUGAAUGUUAUCUGUUUGGGGAGAUGCUGAUCUGUGUGAAGGAGAAGAAGAAUGCACAACCACCCUUGAUCAGCCACUCAGGCCGUAAGCUAACUCGGUGUACCUUGAAGGGUUCCAUCCUCAUCAAGAAACAUCUCAAACAAGUUCACGCGUCACCUGAUGAGUCAAUUUUGACAUUGAACCUUUCGGUGGCCGAAUUACCAACCUUCCACCUCUUGUUUGCAGAGAGGACUCACCUCGAACGGUGGCAAAGAUCGCUGCGAGACUUGCAUUCCGUCGAUGAUUCCCCUCGCUACAACAUGGACUAUGAGCAAGACACCUCUGGCACCGAUGAAGAAGAAUAUGGUCGACAAAAUCGUGUUGUUCGAAGGGUCCCCUCUGUUGCUUCUUCGUAUGGUGGACCAAAGUCUGCCACUACUGCCGCAACUGAGUAUUCGACGCACAAGCUGGCCAAUGAUCGAAGGAUUCCCCCCUCGUUGCACGUCCCAGUUGACGUUGUUAUUGUUAUACCCGUGUCUUCCUCUAUGCAAGGCCUCAAAAUCACCUUGUUAAAAGAUACAUUACGCUUCCUAGUCAACAACUUGGGAGAUCGUGACAGGAUGGGACUCGUCACAUUUGGCUCAAGUGGAGGCGGUGUACCUGUCGUCGGAAUGACCACAAAGACCUGGCCCGGCUGGAACAAGGUGCUCAACUCCAUCCGACCUGUUGGACAAAAAAGCCUUAGAGCAGACGUCGUCGAUGGGGCGAACAUGGCGAUGGAUCUUUUGAUGCAGCGAAAGGCUGAAAACCCAAUCUCCACGAUUCUCCUGAUUAGCGACUCUUCAACUUCUGAAAGCGAUAGCGUGGACUUUGUGGUUCAAAGAGCUGAAGCUGCCAAAGUUGGCAUCUAUUCAUUUGGCCUCGGCCUCACGCACAAGCCUGACAGUAUGAUUGAAUUAUCCAGCCGCACCAAGGCCUCCUAUCUCUACGUCAAGGACUGGAUGAUGCUCCGCGAGUGUGCCGCCGGUGUAUUGGGAGCUCUUCAGACAAUAUCACACCAAAAUGUGAAGCUUAAAUUGAAGCUCCCUGAAGGCUCCCCUGCCAAAUUCGUCAAGAUAAAUGGUGCUCUGCAAACUACCAAGAGGGCCACAGGAAGAGAUGCUGAAGCCACCUUGGGAGAUUUGCAUUUUGGCGACAAACGAGAUAUCCUCGUGCAGCUUGUGAUCGACCCAGACACCGGAACCCAGGAACCAGCUCCGCAAGACCCCUGGGAGUCGAUCGUAUCAGGGCUUGAGGCGCUUGGAGGUUCGCUGGACAAUGAGGACCAGCGUGUGCAGAGUGUAGAGGAAUUACCUCUCCUUCAGGCCGACUUAGCUUUUGGGGAUCUUCUCCGUGACGGCUCCAUCAUGCAGCUCCCGCGUCCUUCCUUGCUUGCCAUCACAAUGCUCCCCGCGAAUCCUCGUUCCCGGCAGAACGGACGGCCUCCAACGCCACCCAUUCCUCCGCAUCCACAUAUUGUCCAACGACGGAUGGAACUAUUAACUUCGGAUAUGUUGAGCAGAGCAUUGACCUUGGUUGCACGAGGCCAACAUGAACGUGCACAUCAUCUGCUGAAUGAGACGAGGACAAUCCUUAAAGGCUUGGGGAAGGGGGGACUUCCUCCUCUCCCUGCCGGUGCCACCAGCAAGAGGCACACCCCCCCAGCUAAGUCCACAAGCCCAAGAGCUGAGACACCAGACCAUGCACGUGACCAAAGCCCUCAUUCAGAUGCGAGCACCCCAAUUCCACGAACAACCGGAGUCGACCAUAAUACGAUGCACGCCCUCGAUGCCGAUAUCGAGUCGAGUCUGGAAUGGAUUAAUCAUCCAGCGGUCUUCUCCCGCGACUCUCGCAAAGCCGUUCUACAGGCAAUCGGCGUCAUAUCAUCUCAGCGAGCCUACACUUUCCGAUCGGCCUCCGAGUCCAUCUGGGCAGAGCGUGUUGCCGGUAUAAAGCGACUUACGGAGCACUCCAGGGAAUGGAGAGAAGUUGGCGAUGACUCUCUGACUGAAGAGUAA